AUGUGUUCAUUCACUGUUCCUCCGGUCGUGCUGCAGCUGUUCGUGCUGCUCUUCUUGGCCUCUCCCGCCACCGCAUGCACCGAGCAGGAGAAGCACAACCUCCUACGGUUCCUCGACGGGCUUUCGUGUGAUGGUGGCCUCGCCACAUCGUGGCAUAACAACGGCACGGACUGCUGCGAGUGGGAAGGCAUCUCCUGCAAUGGAGAUGGGGCCGUCACCGGGGUCUCCCUGGAGUCUAAAGGACUUGAAGGGCCCAUCUCGCUGUUCCUCACCAAUCUCACCAGCCUGCUGCGCGUCAACCUCUCGCACAACUCGUUCUCCGGUGGUCUUCCGGCGGAGCUCAUGUUCUCCGGAAGCAUCAUCGUCCUCGAUGUCAGCUUCAACCGGCUCAACGGACCGCUGCCCGAGCUUCCGCCUUUGAUUACCACCAACCGGCCUCUGCAAGUACUCAACACCUCAAGCAACCAGUUCAGCUCACAAUUUCCAUCAGCCACAUGGAAGGUGAUGAACAGUCUGAUUGCACUCAACGCCAGCAAUAACAGCUUCAGUGGGAACAUACCAUCUUCUCUCUGCCUUGGGUCACCAUAUUUAGCAUUGCUUGACCUCUGUUACAACCAACUGAGCGGUGACAUACCAAACACGUUGGGUGAUUGUUCCAAGCUCAAAGUGCUCAAGGCUGGCAACAAAAACCUAAGUGGGAUUCUCCCUGUUGAAACCUUCCGCGUUGCCUCACUGGAGUACCUCUCCUUCCCCAACAAUGGUUUACAAGGAGAACUUGAUGGAGCACAUAUUGUCAAAGUCAGUAAUCUAGCUACUCUUGACCUUGGAGGGAAUCACUUCAGUGGCAAGAUUCCGGAGUCCAUAGCUCUGCUCAAGAGGCUCGAGGAGCUGCAUUUAGGUAGCAAUAACAUGUCUGGGGAGCUGCCAUCAACUCUGGGCAACUGUACAAAUCUCAAAACCAUCGAUCUGAAGAUCAACAACUUCAGUGGAGAUCUAGGCAAGGUAAACUUCUCCGCCCUGCAGAAUCUAAGAAGUUUAGAUCUCAUGAUGAAUAAUUUCAGUGGCAUCAUUCCAGAAAGCAUUUACUCAUGCAGCAAUUUGGCUGCACUGCGGCUGUCGGCCAACCAUUUCCAUGGUGAGAUCUCACCGAGAAUAGGCAAUCUGAAGCACCUGUCCUUCCUAUCACUUGUUAGAAACUCCUUCACAAACAUCACAAAAUCUUUGCAUGCCCUUAAGAGCUGCAGGAACAUCAGCACUCUGUUUAUUGGCACAAACUUCAUGAAUGAGGCCAUGCCACAAGAUGAAACCAUUGACGGUUUUCAGAAUCUUCAGUUUCUGUCCAUGCAACAAUGUUCGUUUACUGGAAGGAUACCUACUUGGUUAUCAAAGCUUACAAGUCUGAAGAUACUAGUGUUAUCUAAUAAUCAACUCACCGGACCAAUGCCAAGCUGGAACAACUCCAUAAACCACCUCUUCCAUCUGGACGUAUCAAACAACAGUCUUUCUGGGGAAAUCCCAAUCGCCUUGAUGGAGAUGGCAAUGCUAAAAUCAGACAAGCCUGCCAUCUAUUUGGACCCAAACCUCCCUGAUCUACCAAUAUAUAUGAAUCCAUCACUUCAAUACCGCAUGGGCAGUUCUUGGCCUAAAGUGCUGAAUCUCGGUAAAAAUAAAUUCACAGGUGUGAUCCCACAAGAGAUUGGUCAUCUGAAAGCACUCCUUUACCUGAACUUGAGUUUCAACAACUUUUAUGGAGAGAUCCCACAAUCAAUCUGCAACCUCAGGAACCUCCAAGGGCUAGAUUUGUCUAAUAACCAUCUCACGGGUGCAAUCCCUGUGGCAUUGGAGAAUCUUCACUUCCUUUCACGAUUCAACAUUUCUAACAACGACCUAGAAGGACCUAUUCCAGCAGAAGAGCAGCUGAGCACCUUCCAGGCGUCUAGCUUUGACGGGAACCCAAAGCUGUGCGGCUCUGUGCUUACUAACCAUUGCAGUUCAGUUGAAGCAGCUCCCGUCUCCAUCAUCCCUGCAAAACAAUGCAGCGAAAAGAUCAUCUUCGCGAUUGCAUUUGGUGUGUUCUUUGGGGUUGGGGUGCUAUAUGAUCAGUUAGUAUUAUUCAGAUAUUUUGGAUAA